UUUCGUAGUGACCGCCGUUAAAUAUAGUUUAGCUUUUGGUGGAAAAGUGUGUUAGCUCGUGUUUGUGUGCGCUGACUAUAGUGCUAUAGUAUUUGAGAGCAGUUCAUAAUUGAAAUCAUUUAUGAUUGAAUAUAUAUAGGAGUAAAUAAUGUUUGUUAUAACAAUUCGCUGGUAAAAGUGUAAUAAAAAGCUAGGCAUAAAAGAAAUUACAAAAAAAGCGGAAAUCCUCCAAAGGAUUUGUGAAAAAAGUUACUAAAUUGUUCACUUCUAAAACAAAGCCGUAAAAGGUGUGAAAAAGUUUCAAGUAGUUGGUCUUCUCUAACAAUAAAGCUGGAAGUGUGUGCAAAGUCAAAAGUGUAAAAAUUAAAACUGAAUUCUAAUAAGAAAAAACUAACGGCACCCGGAAAGUACACCGACUGCCAAAAGUGGAAGUGUAAAGUAAAUAUAACGGAAAACCGGAUGUUACUAUCCUCCUCUGGUAGUGGCAUAAAAUAGUGCAUGGUUUAACAAAGAAUCACAGUUCUAUAAAAUUGUGACUUUUUUGCACAAAAACUUGGAUAUAAUCUUCUUCAAGCAUUGAGAGUAGCAAAUCAUGAUCCUACGACCAUGCAGAUAAAAAUAAUGGAUACAAAAAUGCAUUUCUGGGUCAUCCUAUUGAUGACAAUUUUCAUUGAGAAUACAUCCGUGGCGAAACGUCUUAACGCGAGUCAAGCUUUCGAUGAUACGUGGAACACCGCCUCCGAUUUGGAGAAUGAACUUGAAUGCAUGUUGCAGCAAAAGCGUGCCAAAAGCAGUAGCAUCGUCUCAUCAGCGUCCGGCAUCAAAGAUGGCCAAUGGUCCGGCUGGUCGGAGUGGUCGACCUGUUCACGUUCCUGCGAUGGCGGCAUAAUGCAACAAAUACGCCGUUGCUACAACACAAACGGCUGCAAGGGCGAGAGCGUACGCUAUCGCAUCUGUAACAUGCAGCCGUGUCCGGAGCAACAAGACUUUCGUGCGCGUCAAUGUGCCGCCUACAAUGACGUGCCCUACGAUGGUACACUGUACACGUGGACGCCGCACUACGACUAUGUGGAGCCAUGCGCGUUAACAUGCAGAGGUCGUCCAGCGCAUUUACAUUUGGGAGACAGCGCAUCAUCCGAGGGUGUUGAGGAUCCCGAACACUACGACGAUCAUGUAAUCGUACAACUGUCGGCGCGCGUACAAGAUGGCACACGCUGCCGAACGGGCAGUCUCGAUAUGUGCAUACAGGGCAAGUGUCAGCGCGUCGGCUGUGAUUUAAAAAUCGGUUCGACGAAGAAAAUAGACAGCUGUGGCGUCUGUGGUGGAGACAGCAGCUCCUGUUCGCAGCCACUUUACUAUUGGGAGGCAGCGCCAGCAACACAGUGUUCGGUGGCAUGCGGCGGAGGCUAUAAGAUGUCUCAACCGGUAUGUCGCAAUCGUGUCACUGGCGUGGAAGUCGAGGACUCCAUGUGCAAUGGUCCCCAACGGCCGGAACCAUCGGUGCUGCUGUGCAACACACACACCUGUCCACCAAGGUGGAUCACCGAUGACUGGAGCCCAUGCAGUCGCCUCUGUGGACCUGGCUACCGUGAGCGUAUGGUGGUGUGUGCGGAGGAGAAUAAUGGCAUCAAGACAACGGUACUGGAUGUGAGAUGUCGAACGCCAAAGCCAGCCACACAGGAACCCUGCAUGAUUGAGAAAUGCCCAACAUGGGAGGUGGAAGAAUGGACUGGAUGCUCGGUAACCUGUGGACAAGGCUUGCAAAUGCGUGGAGUUGAAUGUAAAUCGAACGAUGGCAGACACAGCGCCAAGUGCGACCCACUUACGAAGCCCAUAUCGGUGCAACAGUGCUCGACAGGGGUCUCAUGUGACGGUAGCGGCGGUACGAUUAUACUCGGCAGCAGUGGACCACUAGCUUCGUCCGAUGAUGGUGAUCUCGAUGAAGAGGACGACGACGAUGAUGACGAUUCUGCGGAUGUGGAUGAUGUUGAGGAGGGCACUGACGAUUCGAGUAAUGGUGAUGCCGGCUUGGUGACUUAUCACGAUGAGUCUGCGCCACAGUACGCACAUCGCUCGGUCAGUCAUCUGCAUCACGAAGAGCCACAGCAACCGCGUGCCGAGCGCCUUACUGGUGGCGGUGGCGGUUAUGGUUAUCAUAGUAAUUCGGAUCCGGAGUCGGAGGUGCCUGCCGGCGAUCCAAGCUUCGUCAAAGACAACGAAUGGUCACCGUGCAGCGUAACCUGUGGUGAGGGCGUACGGCGUCGAAUUUAUCGUUGCAAAAUCUUUCUCGAAUACUCACGCACCAUUGCGACCGUUAACGAUUCGUUAUGUGAAGGCGUCAAACCACACGAUGAAGUGGAGCGUUGUGUCGAGGAGCCGUGUAUGCUGCCCUCACACGCUUACGAUGAUCAAUAUCCACGCGACUCCAUCAAGGUGGGCGUCUCCGAACCGGGUAAAACAUAUGUGUGGCGUGAGCAGGGUUACACCUCGUGUAGUGCCAGUUGCUUGGGCGGCGUUGAAGAGCUGAUAAUAAAUUGUGUGCGCGAAGAUAAUGGACGCGUAGUAUCACCAUUCUUGUGUACGCCCGAGACUAAACCUGAAGCACGUGUGCGCACCUGCAACGAUCGACCUUGUCCACCGCGCUGGAAUUAUUCGGACUAUACACCCUGCUCAAAAUCUUGCGGCAUUGGUAUUAAGACACGCGAAGUGCAGUGCAUACACGAGGUAACGCGUGGUGGCGAGAAUACCAUGGUCGUACCGAAUAGUAUGUGUCCACAACCACCACCAGCCGAUCGCCAAUAUUGCAAUGUGCUCGACUGCCCCGUACGCUGGGAGGUAGGUGAAUGGUCGAAAUGCUCACACACUUGCGGUUAUGGCAUCAAGGACCGUAAAGUGGAGUGUAAACAGAUUAUGGCACAGGAGCAUAAGAUCGAACGACCCGAAUCGAUGUGUCCGAGCGCCAAACCGCCAGAUAAGAAACCUUGUAAUGUGAAACCCUGCCCACUGGAAGACCCAAAACCGAUCAUACAAGUCAGCAAUUCAUCGUAUAUUCAGCACGAUCCGAAAAAGGCAAAGAUUACGCUGAAAGUGGGUGGUGCCGGUGUCGUAUUCUUUGGCACACAAGUGAAAAUCAAAUGUCCCGUUAAACGUUAUAACCGCACUAAGAUAAAGUGGAGUAAGGAUCACAAACCUUUGGCUCGUUCACGUAAGUUCAAAAUAUCGAAGAAAGGUGCUCUGCGUAUUUUGGAUAUAACAUUCCGUGAUGCUGGUGUGUACUCCUGUCAUGCGGGUCACAGCUCGGCAGAAAUCACUAUUGAUGUGAAGGCGAAACCGGGACAACAACCUGAGGAGCUAAAAAUGCAGGAAUCGGAACGUCUUGUUCAUGAACGUGAAGGCACAGAAGCUUUAACCUCUGCCGAUAUGAUCACAGCUGAAGGAAAUACAAACAGCUCUCAAAGCACUCGUCGCAAACAGCAAGGCGCACGUGAAAGCAAUCGACGUUCCAAAAAUGAGCAGGCACAAAAUGUGGAUGGCAACAUCAUGGAGAAUGAGCAGUCGCAAUUAGUACAGCAGGUCGGCGAAGAUGGUGGUGGCGCGCCGAAAUCCACAAGCGCCACCAAUGGCGGCAGUCGUGCCAAUGUUCUACUAGCGAUGCCAUACUUCCAGGCGCUACUCAGUAAUUUGCAGCAUUUGUGGCCUUUUCAGAAAUUUGGCAAUUCGAGAGGACAACACAUACUGCUCGACAAGGGUUUGCAAUUCGGCAUCGAUUUGGAAAAUUUCGAACAGGACGAGCCGUUGCGACCACAAAUCGACACUAAAGACCUAUUGACUCUUACAACGUCAGAUGCAUUCGACUCAUCAUCGCUUACAGCUGUAGAAGACACGAAUGAUGGCAGCAACAGCAACAUCAACACUGACGGCAAUGACUGGCACGAACCGGAAGCAACAGACCCUACAAGUGACAUCACUAGCACACCAACAACACAGUCAACAAUUGGUAAAGCCAUUGGCGCAACAUACGAGGCCGACUCACCACAUUCACCGCACGCCAGAUGGCAGAAGCAGGGCGAGCUGGAGUCAGCUACGGUGGCCACGAGCAACCAUGUCACGUACGAAUGGCGCAUCGGCGAGUGGUCAGAGUGCUCGGAGAGGUGCGGCAAUGCGGGCGGCGCUGGUUUGCGGCGUCGCUCCAUAACUUGCCUGCGUUUGCGACAUCACACGCCCACACACAACGCGUUGGAGUCACACGUGGAAGCGGACAUCGAAACGGUUGACAGUGCGUAUUGCGAGGAUUACGGGUUAAGCGCGCCCGACACGUUCGAAAUGUGCGGUCAGGAGGAGUGCGCCCGUUGGGAGACUGGCGAGUGGUCUCUGUGUCAGCGUUCACGUUGCUUUGGCCGCAAUACAGCCAUACAAAAGCGUGAGGUUAAAUGCCGCUUUGCGAAUGGCACGGAGGCGACGGCCGCCUGCAGUGUGUCACAGCGUCCCAUUAGUCGACAGGAGUGCUAUAGUGAGCGUUGCAAGGGUGUUUGGCGUGUGGAGCCAUGGUCCGAGUGCAAUGCGCAAUGCGGUCGCCAGGGUAUUAAAUACCGCAUUUUACAGUGUGUUUGGUAUGGCACGCGCCGACCAGCAGGCAAUGCUUGUCGCCAUCAACCGCGUCCGGCCGUUAUGAAAGUGUGCAAGAGUCCGCCAUGCUUUGCAAAAACUUUUGAUCAAUGCAAGGACACUUCACGCUAUUGCCGCAAUGUACGCUCGAUGGGUUUGUGUAGAUUGCAUCGUUACCAAGAGAAAUGCUGCAAGUCCUGCAAAUUCAAUGAAUAUUACAAUUAACAACAACAAUCUUGGGAAGGUACAGUGCAAAAGCAAAGCUAAAGCAUAAAUACAACAGCACAAACAACUUACACAUACAAUAGGAGCUCUCGAACUACACAUCGAAAAGCAAAUAAAUGUGAAUAUUCAAAAUUGAGAUAAAGUGAAAAUAAUAAUAAUAACGGUACUAAAAGAGCUCAUGAAACGAGAAAGAUUAUUAAAAUCGCUGACAAACACACUGUGCAAACCAAAAAGCAAGCAAAUGAAUAUUGCGCAAUAAUCAAUUAUUUAUCAAAUAAAUAUUUGAGUGCAUUGAAUGAGCGCGAUCAAAUGAAUUGAAUGAAGGCAAAUAAAUAAUAAUAACAAAUGCAAAAGCAAAUAAAAACCAACUAACUAUAAGUUAAUGUAUGCAAAUCGACUUACAGUAACAACAACAAAACACAACCAAACAAAAGAAAUAAGCAAAUAAAGCCAGAGCGAACUGACAGACACAUAUUGAGGUAACAAAAGAAUACUAACACAUACAAAUUAAAAUAAUUCAAGUGCAUGAACACACAUACUUUGCUACAAAGGCGCUUAUAAUGUGGCAGUAGCUGCAUACAAAAUGCAUACAUAGCAAAUAUAUAUUUAUAAAAUUGCACCAGAAAAUAUGAAAACGUUGUAUUUGUGGUUAAAUGCACGCAUCUGAUUUGUGGCAAACACUAAUACAUAAAUACCUACAAAAUAUAUAAUAAUCUAAGGAUGCAAAGCGAUUGUGUAAAUAGUCAAUAUAAUUUUUAAUGAGGAAAAUUAUUUGGUAUUUUAGCGUAAUUUAGAUAUAAGCAGCCGCCUUAAGGUAUUUAAAGAUUUAUUUUCGGUUUUAAGUAAUUUUAAACGCAUAACUGUAUGAUAGGUUAUUACUACUUCGAAGGAAAUGCCAGACAGGUUGAAAAGUUCAUAAUGUUGAGUGAGUGAUACUUGUAUUGAAUCUACAUGUUUUGCAGUUAGACCUAAUCUUCUAAAGUAAUAUGCGAAAACAUUUCACCAGUGGUACACUUGGUUUGUGAGUUAUGACAUUUUGAGCCUUUUUGAGCCGACGAAUACUAUUCUCCUAGGCAAAUUCUGCUGAGCAGAAGCAGAAAAAACAGAAUUAGAUAGAAUGCUGCGGUGGACCAGGACGCUGAAGCGCUACAACUACAAUGCUAGCGAACUCCAGCAAGGAACUGAAAUUAUUGGAGAAGUAAAUUUUAGUAAGCGAUGAUGAUGAUAAUGGGUUAAGCAUUCCACAAAAGUCUGGUCUAUGUAACCAGACCCAAAUUUUUAUCCAACUUAGUACUUUCAACCCCGCAGCCUUCAUCAAAGUUAUUUGGGGAAUAUAUUCUGCCGAUAAAAUAAUAACACUGUACAACACCCAACUUGGUAUUAGACCAAAUUAUUUUUUUUCCGGGAGAUUAAGUUAUAAGUAAAUAAAUUGUAUUCAUCGAUUUUCGAAGUUAACUUCCAAAAUAAAAAAUAUUUGUAUUCGAAGUUCCAAAAAAGUACAUUUUAAAAAAUUUAUUAUUAAAUACAGGAUAUAGCUACUAAAAAAUUUAAUAUUUAGAUAUAAUCUACAUUUUCUUGUUCAUUAAAUGGUAUAUAAAACUUUUUCGUCAAGCUUAUAUUAUAGAUGUUAUAUGGGGUCUAGUAUUUUUCGAUAUACAUCUUUUUUCGAAGAUCAAACUUUGACCUUUCAUAGCAUCUAUCAUAUAUUCUUAACCGAAAGUGUUAUACACCAUUGAAUUGAGAGGAAAUUUAGAUUUUUUUUGGUAGCUAUAUUCCGUAAUUAAUAAUAAUUUUUUUAAAAGACUAUUUUUCGAAUUUCAAAUUCAAAUAUUUCGAUUUAGGAGCCUAAAUUAGAAAAUCGGAAAAUUCAUUUUUUUACUAACGACUAAAUCUCCUGGAAAAAAUUAGUUUGUUCCAAUACCCAGAAAAAAUAUUAAAUUGUAGCAAGUAGUAAAUUGAUGAUGAUAAGUCCAAUGACCUGUUCCCACAAAAGUCGGGUAUAUGUAACCGUAACGGACCCAAAAUUCAAUCCAACUUAGGGAGAUUGAGUCAUAAGUAAAAAAAUUUUAUUAGGCGGUUUUCAAAGUUAGCCCCCAAAUAAAAAUAUUUGGAUUCGAAGUUCCGAAAAAUUACUUUUUAAACAAAUUAUUAUAAAUUACAGGAUAUUGCUACUAAAACCCCCAAAUUUUGGAUGUGUUCUAUAUUUUCCUCUUAAUUCAAUGGUAUAUAAAACUUUUACGUCAAGCUUAUAUGAUAGAUGUUAUAUGGGGUCGAGUAUUUUUCGAUAUACGUCUUUUUUCGAAGAUCAUACUUUGAACUUUCAUACAAUCUAUCACAUAAGCUUAACCGAAAAGAUUUACACACCAUUUAAUUUAGAGGAAAGCUUAGAUUAUAUCCAUAUUUUAGAUUUUAGUACCCAUAUUCUAUAUAAUACAAUAAUAUUUGAAAAGUUUUUUUUCGAAUUUCGAAUACAAAUAUUUCGAUUUAGAAGCCAAAAUUCGAAAAUCGAAAAAUAAAGUUAUUUUCCAUAUGACUAAAUCUCCUGGAAAAAAUUAGUUUGUUCCAAUACACAGAAAAAAAUCGACUUUGUCGUAAUAACAAUUGGAUGGAGAGAACUGUAAAGAUAUCAAAGAAUAUUGAGCUUCAAAUUGCUUCCAGAUUGAGAUAUAUUUAGACGAAAAGGUUAAAUCGUUCUAUAAAAAUGGUAUCAAAAACAAAGUAGAUCGCUCUAAACAGAAUGUCCCAUUCGUUGAAAACUGGUUUAAAUAAUAAAAUGAAAAUUCGAAUAAAAAAUGGGGGUUUCUGUGAAAGGAUACGCACUUUUCAACUCACAUGUAAUAAUACGAUUACAUUUCAUUAAGUUAAAUAUUUUUUAUUAAUUUUGUGGUACUUUAAAAUUAAUCUAUAGUUGCUAAGCCUAUGAUUUAAUUAAUUUCCACAAAUUUGAAAUUAUUUCAUUAUGACUUAAGUGUAAAAUACGUUUUCAAGCUCAACGAAUUAAAAGUUAGUCAAUACAAAGUGCUACAGUUAUAAUUAAUAUUGUAUGUAUUUAAUUAUUAAAUAAGGAUUUAAGCAUUUACGCGCUUAAGGACAAUGCAUGACAAUGAAAUAUGCAUACAAUACUGCAGACAAAAAGUAACAAUACCAAAUUAAAUUAAAACAAAAAGGCAUUAAAAAGUUAAUCAGGUUUAAAUGGAAGAUUGUGUGUGCGAAUGGGAUGCAAAUUGUGCGAGGAAAAUACAAAAAACAAAAAUUGAGAAGAAAUAAUUAAAGAAUAAAGCAAUUAAGUGUGUGUAUACGUGUGAAUUGGUGUGCAAAUAUAUGUGUGUGUGCCUGUAAAAAGCAUUUCGUUGCGUGUUACUUGUGCACAAUAUGAAAAACCACGACAACAAUGUGAAGUGCAAAGCAAAACAAAAAGUUAAAUGAAAGCAAAUAAAGAAAUUUACCGCGAAUAUUUGCCACAAAAGACGUGACGUGAGUGCAUAAAUGUAAUUAGUUAGAAGUACUGACACAUAUGUAUGUUAGUAUGUAUGCAAAUAACGAGUUAACGCGUUUUGUUGUUGAAUGUAAUUAAGUAAUUUAAUGAAAAUAAAAUGUAAUGGAAGUAAAAAGUUACGUUUAUGUCAAACAGUCACAAUAGAUAAGCUCAAUGUUGCGUUGGAAGAUUACUGCACUUGCUAAAGUGAUGUGAGUUGAUAUUGAAAAAUGUAAAAAUAUUAAAAUAUUCAAGUAAUUGCAAAAAACUUGAAUAAAAACACGUUUUGAAUUAAUUACAUACUAACUACAAUAAUCACAUAUACACAUAUACCUACAUUCUGUACCAAAUGCACGAGUUUUGAAGCAAAUGGGUUAUUCCAUGACAAAUCCUUUAGAGGAAACUUUAAAUACUGAUUUAUUUGGCUGUUUUUGUAAUUAUUAUUGUAGCAACAUCUGUAGUAUGCCGUCGAGCUCACGUUCUUUGUUCGUGUUAAGCCCCGGGUACGUUCUGUGAAUGAUAUUGCUUGUCAAAAUACAACUAGUGUACACUUCCUUGAAUACCUUUAACAAUUUUUAUUACUACCUCCCUAGAUUUUUUUGAAAAAAAAAGUUCUUGUUUGAAGCCGCGAAGCCAAAAAAGAAGCAACUUGCUGGGCCGAAAACACUUUACUUCAAUUGGAGAUUCCUAAAAAGUAAACAGUGUUUCAAUGACAAACUCAAGAACUGCAUAAUACAAUGUCUAAUCUGUAAAGUCAGCCCAAGAACAUAAAAAAUACUAAUAAUUAUGACAUUUUACGCAAAACGCGCCUUUUGCCGUGACUACGAUUAGCUUAGGUUAUACUGGUAGGCCCAUACGCCACACAUAGACCAUUUAGGUCCUUUGCGAUACCAGAUGAAGCGCCGUCUUAAUUUUAAAAGUUUUUGUGGCUUUACUUUCGAUACCUCUCCCACAUUCUCAUAUUGUGAGGGCCCCAAGUAGCGAAGUCGUUGCCUUGACAAUGCAGGGCAGGUGCACAUAAUAUGCUUCAUUGUUUCUAUUGCACCUUGCUCUUGACAUUUCCUGCAGUCAUCUCGAUCUGUAAGUCCCAUUUUGUAGGCAUGUGCCGCCACCAGACAGUGGCUUGUGAGUAUUCCCACCAAACUCCUACAGUACCUUCUUUUGAGUGACAGUAUGGGUUUGGUGUACUUCUGGUCUACCGUUUUACACAUGGCUUUAGCGGUUUUACACCCCGGUAUAUUUGUCCAACGUGUUAAGAUUUUUCUUGUCAUGCCCCUGUCCAGAUCAUCGUAUUUCCGGAAGACAGUUUUACACCAUUCUUGGCAAUUUCGUCCACAAUCUCGUUGCCUUCAAUGCCUUUAUGUCCUGGCACCAACAUCCAAAACACUUUUAGCCGAAAUACAGGCCGAUGUUGUUGAACUGAAAGCAUAAAACCAAACAAAAUUCGUUUGUAUAGGGACUUGUGGUGUGGUGAACGAUUCAUUGAAACGAGAAACUUUGUUUUCUGCAAACUGGGAAAAAAUUAAAUCUUCCAAAGACACAGCAAAUACAUUUCGAACAAUUAAAAAAAAAUGAAAUCGCUUGAAAACUCCUUCGGCAAUCCAAGUCACCGCAACGAGGUUUUCGGAAAAAAAAAUCUCGUUAAAAGUUUCAAGUACACUUUUAUCUAGUGUAGCGGAGGAGAAUGCAUAACGCUAUAUAUAACUUCGCUAAGAACGUAUAGUUUAAGAUAAAAGAAUAAAAAAAAAAUCGAUUUUUUUACCAAUUUCAAUAUAUAUAACCCCUUAAGUAAUAUGCGACUUUAUUUAUUUUUUAACAAAAAAAAUUUUUUUUUUUUAAUUUUUUCUUCUGAAAUCUAUAAUACAGAUAUCAGAUACCACCCACUAAUUAAACAAUACUCCUUAAAUCCUAGCAAAAUUUUGUGACUUUUGCUUUCAAAUAAUAUAUAAAAACUUUACUGAGCAUCCAUUUUAUAAUAGAAGCCCUCCUACACUCCAUGCUAAGAGUCCACUUUCCAUAUGAUAAAUAUGUAUAUGUCUUUCCCAAAAAAAAAGUUGAUACUUUCUUUCAUGUCUCUCUAAUAAAAACAAAAUAAUAUUUCAGACUUUUUAUACUCUUACAAUACACAUAUUUUUCCUGGAAUUACCCAUUCGCAGCAUUUGACGCACUCGUGAGCAAAAUUUUUACCCAAAGAAAAUUUGCAUAUGCAAACAGUCACACAUAAAAUUACACACACAUACACAGAUAUUUAAAUUGUCAGAGAACGCAUACGAAAAACGGAAAAUAAAACGGUUUAGUCAAACCGUUAGCGUAGCGUAAAUGUACAGUUAAAGGCCAUUAGGUAAUUGCAAAAGUCCUUUGAGUUGCUCUACAACAAGUGUGUGUGUGCAUACUUUUUAUACUGUUGUAUACAAAUAUAUAAAUCGGCAUACACAUGCAUUCAUAUACAUACAUACAUACAUGAGUACAUACAUAUGUAUGCUGUUACUGUACAACAAUUUUGAAAGGAAAUACGCAAGCAUACAAAACACUAAAACACACACAUUAAAAAUAGCGCAUCUGUUGGUAUGUGUGUGUCUGUGUGUGCUUAUAAUUACUAAAAAAUUAGCAAUUGCAAGUGUAAUUAAAGAAGUAGCCGGCAAAAAGUGAGCUAAUGGCACAAACGACAAACGAAAUUUUGGAAGCAAAGAUUGAACCGAAAGACUAAUAACGCUAAUUAAAGUGGAAAAUGUUAGAAAAUAAAGAAGAAAAUAGAUUAUUUUAAGAAGAAACAACGAGUAAAGAUUAUGGAAUAGUUAAAACUAAUUACCAACAACAGCAGCAUGCAAUUAAAGUUGCAUAUAAAGGAACAUACAAACAGGUCAAGCAUAAAAAUAGAUAAAAUAAAAUUAUAAAAUGAAAAAUGAAAUAAAAAUUCUAUAAUAAAAUAAAUAUAUAUACUAGAUUAUAUAUAUAUAAAUAAAUCAACUAAAUAUACAAAUAUGCAUUCAGCUACACCAUACGCAUUAAUAAAUGAAAGCACAGUAAAUCAGUAUGAAAUGAACUAGAAAUCGUUAAAACAAAUUUCAAAACCGCAUUGAGAUACCGUAAAUAACAACAAACCCAAGCAUACUCACACAUACAUACAUACUUAUAAUAUUCACUACAAAUCUGCGAGCUUCGCUAAGCACUCAAAUAAAGUUAAACAAAUUUAUAACUAACACAUGCACAAUGUUACAAUUUGUAAAUAGAAUCAGAUAUACAUAUAUAUAUAUAUAACAUAGACUUAAGUAUUUGAAUAAGUUUGGAAUAUUAUAAAUAAAUAUAUAAUAUACAUAAAUAUGAUAUAUGUAUGUAUAAUAUUCACAGCAAAAAUGCCUAAAUGUGCUAUGGUUAUGACCAUGUAGUGGCUAAACGCUUACAGGCUGCUAAAUCAGAUGCAUUUACUAGUGUAAAUUAAAAAAAAAAAAAUAAUAAAUAUAAUGCUCAAAUAGUUUAAUAAUGGAAAUAUAAAUGAGAAAAAUACAAAAUUUUCCUUUUCAAAAAAAUAAUUUUGAAAUUCAUAAUUUUCAAGUUAUGCUAUUAUAUUUUUUUACGAUAUUUUCUUUAACAUUUUACCACAAGGAUCAAAUCAGACUUGUUAAUAAAACUCAACAUCGAAAAGUUUUGAAUGUCUUUUUAAGUUUAAUUUCGAGUUUCGAUAAUUUAGUUCGAAGACGAUUUAUUGGAUAAAGUUUUUCGAAUGAAGUGCAUAUUUUCUCAGCCAAUAGCGCCUUUUUUAAUUAUAGUCCAGAAAACGUUGAUAUCUCAUAAUUCUUCAAUCCCUUUAAAUUUGCUUUUAAAAUAAUUCAACAUCAUUCGGUUUUCCUUGUCACACUUUCGAAAUCACAAUGUACAUAUUUAUGGACCAAUUGGAAUGUAAUAAUAAAAUAUUAAGUUCUGAUUAGUGUCCGACCGAUACCAAAUUUUUGGCCGAUAACGAUGCCGAUGCUUUCAUCAACAACUUUAUUUAGUUGUUGUUGUUGUAGCGGUUACGAGCCUAACCUAAUUGUCAUCGAAGUAAUCUAACGGGAGGCCCAGGAAACGAGCUGUUUCGAUGGGGUCGGACCAAAAGGAAAGGGGUGUUAGAUGAGUAGGGUUAAGGGGCAUGCAAAGAGGUGGUUAGUGUCAUGUGGGGACUCUUUGCAUGCAGGACAUAUGUUGAGUAUGUCAGGGUCUAGUCUGGAUAGGUAGAAGUUUAGUCUGCUAAAAUAUCCAAAACGAAGUUGCGCAAAGGUCACUCUAGUUUCGCGAGGCAACCAAGUACGCCAUUCACGGGUAGGGAGUCAAUGAAGGUGAUAAUAGCUCCUCUGUGAAUGGCGUUCAGUGCUUGUCUAUAGUUAGUCGCGUCCAAAGUCCUGUCGGUAUAGACUUUUAAGUCGUCGACGCAUUUCAAGAAGGCACUCUUGAUGGCUCUGGGAGGCGGUUCGGCUUCCAGCAGAAGAUUAUUUAGUAAACGUUAUUUAGUAAAUUACUAUAGUAACAAAAAAAAAGAAAGACAAAUAACAUCACAAAAUAAGUAAACAACGUUUAUUACGUGGCCCUAUCUAUGGCGAACUUUUAAAAAUAGACUCUCCUAGUUACUAAUGCUUCUAUAAUAAUGGCUUUAUGACAUUAUCUUCAAAAUCUCUACAAGUUGUUAAAUAAAACCGAAUCGAAUCGAAUCUUUCUAGCUGUGCUAAAUAAAACCUUCAAUUUAAUGCAAAAUUAAAGAAUUUCUUUAUACUAGACUUAAAUUAUCAUCGUGAUGCAUUAUUAGUUUAGUCAAAUGUGAAUCACAGUGGAAGAAUUCAAAUUUUAUACUUUAAAGAAAUCAAAGAAGUAAAAAAGAUGUAUUUUAGUGUGAUCCCAAAAGAGUAGAUAGAAUCGGCUAAGAAUCGUGCAAAUAUGGCCGAUGCCGAUAUCGAUCCCGGUGCUGAAUUUGGUGGCCGAUACCAAGGCAAAUUAGUUGGUCGGUCUCUAGUUCUGAUUCUGUUCCCAAACGCCAAUUAAAUUCCUCAAUGAAGUCAUUUGAACUGUUUAAAUAAUGAAUAUAUCAAAUUUUACAUUGGAAAACUAGUAUAAAUUGCUUUUAAUAGUAUAUUUUUUAGUGUUUCCUAGCUUCUGUUACAGAACUAUCUUUACUGUCUUAAAUAUAGCAGUGUUGCCAAAUUUGUAAACUCUUUCUGAGUUUUGUUUGAAAUGAUGCAUUCCAUGCGAGAGUUUCAGAUCUUGUCAUGGGAUCGACUGGGAUCAGAUGUAAUAGGACCGCAAUGAUGGUGUUUACGAAAAGAAUUUCCCUAUUUUCUUCUUCGUUCUCUUUAUCUCGCUAUUUUCUUCUUAUUUCUCCUUUUUCUAUAUAUUAGCUAUAAUUCUUUAUAUGACUAUCUUAUUAAAUCUCUUCUUUCUUGAAAAGAAUAACAAAUAGAAAGAAUAAUAGAAAGAGAUGCAGACUAAUAGGAGCAGGAGUGAGAUAGUCACAGCUAGAGCGAUUUAGUGGAAGAGUGUAAUUACUUUACUUUUGUUUGUUCAACCAAUAUAAUACCUUUUGGAAGGACUGAUUGAAGAUUGAAUUUCAAUGAUAGUACAUAGUGUUAUUGCUAAUUCUAUUUUAGACUAUUUUAUCGAUAAUUUCGAAGUUAAUGAUGCCAACUGUCAGCAGAUACCCAAAACCUAAGGACUAUUUAUUUAAUGACAGAUUGCAGUCUUCGGUGUUCAGGUGUUGUUCAUCCAGAGUAACAGAGCUUUUCCAGUUUGUAUUUUCAGUUAUUUUCUCUUUCCUCAUUUUUGGAACCGACCAAUGAAAUAAUCAAAGCAUAAUUAAAGCUGCCAAUUAACGUUGUAGAGCAAUUAAUUAACACACUUACAUACAUAUGCACGUAUAUACAUAUACCAGUAUGCAUGUCUGCCUGUCUGUGCAAUUCCAAACCAAAAAACAUUAAAAAAAAUGCUUUAAUAAAAUACGAAAUGCUUUGCACUAAACUGACUUAUGCCACAGUUCAAUGUUCUUGCCACAAAAAAAUAACAAAAAUCACUAUGCAAGAGCUGUUAUUACAUAAAUACACGUGUAUGUAGCCAUUUAAAAAAAGCUGUAAGCUAAUAUUUGUAUAUAAAAUCAAGUAUAUAAUAACAACAACAAAAAAACUGUUCGCCGCUCUCUGUAUUUAAUGAGGGUAAAAAUCAAAUAUGUUAAAUUAUUAAUAUCACAACAACAACACACAAAAAGUAACAAUUUACUCAAUGUAAGUGUAAAUUUAAAUAAAUUAUUGUAGUUACAAGGUAAUGAAACCAGAUAAUUAACUGUAAAUUGUACGCAUAUUGCUAUGGCUACAAAUUAAGAGGCACACUUUUGAAAAAAAGUACGUUUUAUAACCUUUUUUAUAGUUUUUUUUUGCAAUUACUCUACUGCAUAAAAAGUGGUAAUUUGUAUAUUGAAAUAAAAUAUUAGUAUAUUAAUUAUAACGUAAAUAAUUGAAAACACACACACACAUACAUACGUACACAUUUACACACAUACUUUACUAUAUGCUCUGGACAAGUGGCUUUACUACUAUAAAUUCAUACAAACAUACAUAAAUAUUUAUAUUAAAAAAAAAAAAAACAAAUUGUAUUUGGAAAUAUUUUCAAUUUUAUACGCUUAAGCUGGAAAGUGAUGUAAGCGUAAUGAAAAGCUUAU